GGCGUCAGGCGCGCGCAUAGCAACCAACAUGGCGACGGUGAAGCUUCACGGUAGCGAGGACAGAUUAGCUGGCAGCUAACAGCUAGCAAAACAGCUGUGAAAGAUGAUAACUGUGAAAAUAAGUGUAUGGAGUAUUUUUGAUAUGUCUGUAUUACCUCAUGCGUUUAUAUGAACGUUUAACGUGAUGAUUUCUGGUGAAACACGAGUAUUUUGAGUAUGAGACUCCAGCCAGAGUUUUUCAUCAUGGACACUAAACCAGGGUUCUGUUUUGGUUCAUCUGGCAAACUGAUGGAUCAGUACAUGAUUAAAGACCACAUGGUUUCACAUUACAGAAAGCUGUAUUCAGCCAAAGCUGCUGUGGACUGUUCAGUGCCUAAAAGCUUGCAUAGCAAUCUCAAAUAUGUUGAUCAAAAGCGGCGUGAGCAGUUAAGGAAAGACACUCGAAGCCAGUCGAGAAGAUCUGAUUCCCAGAGGAGCACUAGGAUAAACUCAAGAACCUCCUGCUCUUCUAAGAAUAGCAGACCGUCCGUUCAGGGUGGCGAUGGUGCCUAUCAUUACCUGGACCAAUCGCUGAUGUCAUCGCCCAGGAUCAGCACCUCGUUUCAUUCCAAACAAAUUGUAUAUCCAUCCCAAACAUCUGGAACCCCUGCGAACCACUUCCGAUCUGCCUCCGAGUUGAGUUCCCGAAGCCCAAACCCUCAAUGGCAGGACGCAGGCCCGUCCUGUGCCACGUCUGCCAGUCAGAGAGGGUUUAAAAGCUUUCAGGAUCCACCCACACAGAAGACCUACAGCGGUGACGUACUGCUGAAGCACACUCACCGCUUCACUCCGGAGAAACCCUUCACUCCGAGAACGCUGAAAUCACACCACCAGUCCACACUGUUACAGUAUCGAUAUUACACCCCUCCACGGAGGAAAGUGGAAGAGGAGAAGCCGUCCUCUAUUAUUGCACAGGAGACGCGCCAACGGAGCACACGGUCCAAACAAGGCUUUUCUCCACAGCUCGAGUCGCUUCAGGCAAGUCUGAGGAAACUUGUGGGACGUUUGCUUUUUUUUGUCCUUUUGCAGACAUUUGCUCUUGAUCACGAGUGGUCGGAUGAAGAAUCAUUUAGACAUCAUGGCAAGACAAACAGGUUUAAGGACAGUGAUUUUCUUCUCUCGUCUUCCAGGGUUUCACCAGAAGGCAUGAGAUCCCCCAUAAUGAGAAAAGUUUCUGCAGAGGAGGAAGAAUUGAUGUACCUGGAGUUCAUUACAGACGUGACGAAUGACAUCCUAGCUCAGGGCCUUUACUCUGACAGGGUACUGAAGAGACUGUUUGAACGGCACAUUGAUAUGAACAGGCAUCGAUUAGAUGAGAACAAAAUGCGGCACCUUCUAGACAAUCUGCAGAUGGACCUGCAAAGUCCUCCUGCUGCCUCCAUCCCGAUGUCUCUGGGCGCAGAAGAAAAGCGUCUGCCUUCAGAUGAUGUUGAUUAUCUUCUUCAUGACGUGUUUAACGAGGACCGAGGACAGAUCGAGGACAUCAGCUCUGCUGUAGCGUCCACACCUGUAGACCACAGCCUGGACGAGGAGUUCCUGAGUGAUAAUGUACAUCUCCCCUGUGCUGGGGAAAAUCCCAGGAACGAAGUGUUAGAACAGGUCGAUGAACUUGGGAAAAUCAUGGCGGAGUCGUUAAGUGUGUCAGAGACUCAACGGGAAGUGUUCGAACCGGAGCAAACGAGAGGCGACGUCAGUGAUGAUGAGUUCUAAUUCAGUGUAAACAUCU